AUGAGCCGAAAGCGAUCGCGAUCGAAUGGUAGCACAGCUGAAGAUGAGGACUUGCGAAGGCAAGGUCCAGCUGGUAUCGAGACGGAGACAGAGCAGGAGGUCCUCCGAACGGCAGUAGCGGGAACGAUGGACUCGGGGCAAGAAGGCAAUGAAGCCAACUUCUUCACACAUCUCCUCGAAAACAACAGGUCCUGGGCUUCAAAGACCGCAAUCGCCGACCCAACCUUCUUCCCAGCCUGCGCGAAAGGCCAAGCACCUCCUGUCCUCUUCCUGGGCUGCGCCGACAGCCGCGUGCCAGAGACCACAAUCCUCGGCUGCAGACCUGGAGAAGUCUUCACCCACCGCAACAUUGCGAACAUCAUCAGCAACACCGACGUAUCACUGCUCAGCAUUGCCCAGUUCGCAGUCUUUCACCUGAAGGUUAAGGACAUUCUUGUGUGCGGCCACACCUCAUGCGGCGGCGUUGCAGCUAGCCUUGGGAAUGCGAAGAUGGAUGUGCUCGAUGUGUGGCUUCAGCCGUUGAGGAUGCUCAGGGAGAAAUAUGCAGACGAGAUUGAGGGUAUGGACACGGAGAAGAGGAAGAAGUUUCUGGCUGAGAAGAAUGUGCUGGCCGGGGCAGAGAAUCUGAAGAGGAUACCUACAGUGAUUGAUGCAGUAAGGGAGAGAGGAUUGGAGAUUCAUGGGGUCAUCUAUGAUGUCGCGACAGGCUUGUUGGAGGAGAUUGAGUGUUCGGAGGAUGAUGUUGUGGUGAAGAAGAGAGUGGCUGCUUUCGAGAGGAAGUGA